CACAAGUCGUUGUCCGCACACUAUUGAACCUAAAGUUGCGUAUAGCUUCUCCACGAGGCGUGUCGCCCUUCAGUGCGGAUCAUUUCAGGCCUCGACACCCUUCUCGGGCCUCCAGCUAAGUCAUAGUCGUUAGCCGGGGUCACCAGGAACCAUGAGCGAACGUCCAGACCGCCCACUCUUCAUUGGGAAUUUUGAAUAUGAAGCCGAGGAGCGUGACAUCGUCCGGCUUAUGGAGAAGUACGGCCCGGUGGAGAAGAUCGACAUGAAGCAAGGCUACGCUUUCGUGUGCAUGCGUUACAAGGAGGAUGGCGAUGUGGCCAUCCGCAAGCUGGACCGGACGGAGUGGGGCUACAAGAAGCGCAUGCUGAAAGUCGAGUGGGCACAGAAAUCGGAGGCGGACCGCAAGCGUGACACCAAGCCCUCGCGCACGCUCUUUGUGGUGAACUUUGACGUGCGCCGCACCACAGAGCGCGACAUUGAGCGCUAUUUUGGCCGCUUCGGCCGCCUGACGCGCGUGCAGAUCAAGAAGAGCUACAGCUUUGUGCAGUUCCAGAACGUGGAGGACGCCAUCAAGGCCAUGGAGCGGGCCAACGGCGCCCAGAUGGAGGGCCGCACCCUGGCUGUGGAGUACGUGCAGAACGAGGACCCUAAUGUGCGCCUGGUGGAAUACGGGCGUGGCGGCAGCGGUGAUCGGGACGGCGGCCGGGGUAGGGACGAGCGUGGGGGCGGCGGCCGCUACAGGUCUCGCUCCCGGUCGCGGUCGCGUGACCGGUAUCGGAGGUCUCCGGAGCGCAGCCCGCCGCGCUACGAGCGGCGCGCCUCGCCGCCGCCGCGUCGGGACAGCCGCAGCCCGCCGCCGCGGGAGCGUUCGCCGCCUCCCCGCCGUGGCGUCAGCCGCAGCCCCCCGCCGCGGGAGCGCUCUCCCCCGCCCCGCCGUGGCGCCAGCCGCAGUCCCCCGGCUGCGGAGCGCCGCGCAUCGCCGCCGCCUCCGCGCCGGAGCAGCCGCAGCCCCCCGCCCCGGGAGCGGUCCCCCAGCUACGACCGCUGAUUCGGCUCAGGAUUUCGCAACGUGGGGAGGCCUGUAGAGCUCGGAAGCAGUUCGGAUGCGGCUCAUGUAUGAGUGUACCUAAUUUUGCGUGAAUGUUGGCGGAGAUGCAUGAACGCAGCAAGUACGGUGUGAAACGUCCGGGCAGUGCAGUGAAUGCAUCCAUUCAUGCAUGUACUGGGGGCUGACGACUGGAUAAUACAAUAAUGUAGACGGGACUCGACCUGGUGCCGGCAGGCGCAAGCCUGCCCACCGCGCGGCAUUAAGCCUGCGCUGGACGUGACGUACAAGGUUGUUCUUGACAGCCGGUUGCGGUCACGACACGUCUAAUGUAACACGAUACAGCC